GGCUCUAUAUCGGCCGCAAAGGAACUGAAACCUAUCGAGAUAGUCUUUGUCUCCCUAGCCUUGUUGGCUGACAAUAACAUUAGUGAUCCGCUGCGGACUGCCUGCUUCGUGAGCAAGCUUCUGGUGUUCACCCACAUCGUUCGGAUACAAGCCAUACCUUGCACUAUCACCACAUUAGUCACCUCAAGCCAAAAUGGGCAAGCUAGCGGAAAUGCAGCGAAAGCUGCUCGAGACCGAUUAAAAACAGAAUUCACCGCCGCAAAGGAAAAGAAUCCCCUGGACCCACGCUUCGCUCAAUUCCAAGCAGAAUACGAGCAAAACAUCUUUCUCUUUGUCGACGAAUGUGACAGGAGGAUCAAAGCCGCUCACCGAAGAUUAGAAAAGACACCAGAGGAGAACGCCAAGACGACCAACUUGAUGAAAGAAAUCGGUGAACUUGAGCUUGCCAUUCAAGGGGGCACGGAGAAGAUAGAACAACUUGGAGAGCAGGGUCUCGUUGAAGAGAGUAUGAACGAACUGCGUGCAGUCGAGGCGUUGAAAGUCGAAAAGGGUGAUAAAGAGCGCGAGCUACAAAAUCUCACGGAAACAUCGGGAGCUUCUGGUCACCAAAAGCUACGAGUCUGCGACGUGUGUGGGGCGUACCUUUCCGUACUCGACAGUGAUCGACGACUGGCAGACCAUUUCGGAGGAAAGAUGCAUCUUGGCUAUCAUGAACUCCGAAGAAUGCUGCAAGUGUUCAAGGAAGAGAAGGAGAAGCGAAGAAAUGCUCCCCCGGUGGACCAUCGCCCUCGUUUACUCCAGCGUCAGGGGUGCCUGGUGCCCCAACUGGACCUUCUGGCUCAAGAGGGGAUGGUUCCCGGGGUGACAGAGAUAGAGACCACCGCUCAUCCAGAGACGACCACCAUAGAAGUGAUCAUCACCGUAGUGAACAUCGUGACAGAGGUGAUCGGGAUAGGGAUCGAUACGGAUCAAGUAGGGGCUAUGAUGACCGGCGACGCGAUCGGUCCAGGUCGCCUAAGAGUUCGUUCGGCUGAGAGCUCCCAGUUAGCGCUGUGGUUUGGAUUACACGAUGAUGCUCUCACAGGAGCGUAG